AUGCCUGCCCCCGGUCCUGCUGCCCCAAAUGGCUAUAAUCAAGGACGCCCUAGCGGUAAUCCUCCGGCCCCUCCGAAUGGGCCGCAAAGCUUUGGUCACGGCGCACCAGGCUAUGCUUUCCGAUACUCCAACUGCACUGGCCGCAGAAAAGCGCUGCUGAUUGGUAUCAAUUACUUUGGCCAGCGUGGCCAGCUGCGAGGCUGCAUCAACGAUGUCAGAAACAUGACGGCCUACUUGGUGGAGCAGUUUGGCUACAAGAGAGAGGACAUGGUCAUUCUGACCGACGACCAACAAAACCCCAUGAGCCAGCCCACAAAGCAAAACAUCCUCCGUGCAAUGCACUGGCUGGUCAAGGAUGCCAGACCUAAUGACUCUCUCUUCUUCCACUACUCUGGCCACGGUGGGCAAACAAAGGACCUUGACGGCGAUGAGCCUGAUGGAUACGACGAAGUCAUUUACCCUGUUGAUUUCAGGCAACAUGGGCACAUCACAGAUGACGAGAUGCACCGCAUCAUGGUCACCCCCCUGCAGGCAGGUGUAAGGCUGACAGCCAUAUUCGAUUCGUGCCAUUCCGGCACAGCACUCGACCUGCCAUACAUCUACUCUACACAAGGUAUCCUCAAGGAGCCCAACUUGGCCAAGGAAGCCGGCCAGGGCUUGCUCGGCGUCAUUUCCUCGUACAGCCAGGGAGAUCUCGGCGGUGUUGCCAACAACAUCAUCGGAUUCUUCAAGAAGGCCACCACUGGCGAAGAAGCCCACAACAGGGCCCUCGCAACCAAGACUUCUCCUGCCGACGUCAUCAUGUGGUCGGGAAGCAAAGACGACCAAACCUCUGCCGAUGCCACCAUUGCUUCACAAGCUACUGGUGCCAUGUCCUGGGCGUUUGUCACGGCUCUCAGGAAGAACCCCCAGCAGAGCUACGUCCAGCUGCUCAACAGCAUCCGAGACGAGCUCGCUACAAAAUACACACAAAAGCCGCAGCUCUCCUGUAGUCACCCUCUUAGUAAGUUUCCCUUGCAGAUAUGUCAGGUUGGGUAG